UUCUUGAGUUGUGACAGGCUGCAUGGUAAAGUUCUUGAGCUGUGACAAGCUGCAUGGUAAAAUCCGAUUGCUACGUUUCAUUUUCCUGUUUUUUGUAUGUAUGACAAGAUAGUGUGACCCACUGAUCUCGAGACUGGUUUUCAAAUAUUGUUGUAGAAGUAUUGCUCCUGCAUCAACGAUGGUGUCAUCUGUGCACGGAAUCGAGCAUCAUAUGCAUGUCCUGUCAUGGAAAUCGACAUUCUACAGUUUGGUAUGGAACUUCUCCGUUUUACAACUGGUGGCGACGUUAUCGUCCGCUUGCCUAUACAUUGCGGAAGAAGCUAGUCCUACGCACAGCCAUCUGGCCCUGGGAUACGCCUUCGCCGUGUGGACGCUGCUGUAUAAUAUCGCCGGAUUGAUCGGCUGUGGCUGGGGUUAUAGACGCUACACCAACGGCCGGGAAGAGCUGCGCAACCACCGGGCACCGGGCUUUUGGGUCGGUAAAACCUACUUGGCCUGCAUGGUCAUUAACAUGGCGGCCGCACUGGGAAUCAUCCUGCAAGCCGUUCUGCAGAAAGGGCAGCCCGAUGCCAUGCUGUUGUUAGGGACCGUGGCCUAUGUCUUCCUCAUUAUCAACGGUGCCUGCAUCGUAGUCACCGUUAUUUCACUAAGGAAAGGUCACCUUCCCACCGCCCUUAUUAUCUUUUUCCAACGCCCGCGGUGCAAUCGGGCAGACUGCAUGGAGUUUAGUUUCAUUAAGGAUUACUACGACUGGACGGUAUCCCUGGCUUUCGGGAAGCUGCUGCUAGGAUUUCUGUUGAUGCCGUUUGUGAUCCUGAAUAAUCUAUAUGAACUGGAAACCCUUGGCGAAACCGCAGCUAUGGGAACGGUGUCCGCGGGCUGGAUAGUCUUCUACAACGUGGUCGGACUGUUCGGUUUAGUUAAAGGGACCCGACCGUCAGUGCUGCUACCACCGCCAACACGCCGGUUUGCUACCACGCGCGGGUGGAAGUUCUUCUGCCUGUACACGGCUAUGAUGGGUAUUAGCGCUCUGUUGGCUGUGGGUAUGAUCAUCGAAGAGAUCGUCAAAAUGACUGAGAAAAAAGCCUGGAAGGCCAGCCUGAACUUUACUGUACUGGGAUCAACCGUCUUUAGCCUAGAGCAGUCGUCUUUGAUGCUGUCACUGGCCCUGGGCGCGUUUACGUCGCGCGCAGCCAGUGAAGAAUCUAGUGACGCUGCGGUGGUUAUCACCCUUCCGCAGUAUGCCACCGCACGAACGUCUCUGUUGCCUCCGGAUGCGACUGCCGUCGACCAACCGCCUACGUACAACGAAGUUGCUGAACUGCCUCCGUCCUACGCGGAAGUGACGGUUGUUCCCAAGGGUCGCCGCAUUACCAAAUGGGUUACUGCUUGGUUCUCUCGUUCAAGUGCUGAAGGAAAAGACCAAAACUCAAGUGUUUAAAGGAAACGUCCCGAAGACUGCCACGAAUGU